UCCACAAGCGGGGCUAUUUCUAAGUAAGGCCCUGACCCGCCUUGGUGCCUUCCCCCGAAAACCCUAGUCAGAGAGAGAGAGAGGGAGAGAACGAUGUUUCUGGGAGCUAUUCCUCGCCGGCCGGACAAGGCAACGGCGUACAGAGAGCUCAAGAAGCAUCUCACCAUUCUAGGCGUUGCCGUCGCCGUCAUCCGCGCCACCCCCUACGUCCUCCAUUAUCUCUCGGAUAGUAAGGAGGAACUGAAGCUGGAGUUCUGAUGAUCCCUCCCUUUCGUCCUCUUGUUCUCCUCUCAAUCCUCGGGGAGUUUCAGAGGUUGAUGAGAUGAGAUGACAUAAAUGACCCUUGGUGGUUGAUAGUUACUACUCUUCAUACAGGAAGCUUAUACUGUAUCGAUGAACAAAACUGAUGUUUGUCCUGUUGUUCAUCUGCGAAAACACAAUGUGAAGUCCUGGCUGCUAUUUUUGCUUUUUAUUGGACACAUUUGAACAGCUUGCUGUUUAUUUAGCGAUGGACAUGUCACAAGCUGGAAUAGCUUAUGUGAUGUUCUGAAUUAGCUGUGUUGUCAAGACCAUGAGAAUUUGGUUUUACGAUAGUUCAGUUCAA